UUUUAUAUUUUUAGUUCAAGUACAACGUAUUGGAAUUUGGAAUUUUUAUGCUGACGCGCCAGAGAGGCGCGUGAGAGGCAUAUAUCUGAGAGCACAUAGCAUUAUAGCAAAACUCCAAUCAGCAUCAAACGCUUAUCAUCCAUCUAGAAGCUGCUGAUACAAGCGCAAUGUUAGGUUUGAAAGUACGGACACUCUUCUUCUCUCCACUCUCUUCUUCCCCCAAGCCUCAUCUCAAGCCCUACUCGCUAUCCUCACCGUCCAAUUUCUGUAUCAGGAUGUCGUCGUCGUCAGCAUCGUCGCAGAUCAUCGAACACGUCGUCCUCUUCAAGGUCAAGGACGAGACGGAGCCGGCGAAGGUCGCCGGCAUGAUGUCCGGACUUAACGGCCUGACCUCUCUCGACCAGGUACUCCACCUCUCGGCCGGGCCCAUCCAUCGCAACCGAUCGUCGAUGUUCAAGUUCACUCACAUGCUUCACAGUCGCUACAGCUCCAAAGAAGAUCUGAGCGUCUACUCUGGGCAUCCAAGCCACAUGAGCGUGGUGAAAGAGUUGGUUUUGCCUAUCUGCGAGGACGUGAUGGCCGUCGAUUGGGUGGCUGACAAUAUUUCCGGUCCGGUGGUGCCGCGGCCUGGGUCGGCGAUGAGAUUGACGUUCAUGAGGUUGAAUGAGGGUUUGGGAGAUGAGGAGAAGGAGAAGGUCUUGGGAGCGGUCGGGGAGAUUAAGGAUUGUCUUGGAUCGUUGGAUCAGAUGACUUAUGGUGAGAAUUUCUCGCCCGCGAGGGCCAAAGGGUUUUCGAUUGCGUCGAUCGCGAUCUUUCCGGGAUUGAAUGAAUUAGAGGCCUUGGAUUCAAAUCCGGAAGUGGUGCAGUUGCAAAAGGAUAAGGUUAGGGACCUUUUGGACCGCGUGAUUGUGCUGGAUUACGUGGUUCCACCACCGCAAUCUGCUAGCCUUUGAUGAUCACUCUAGCUAAGGUUGUAUGGCUUCAUGUUCUCACUUCUCACUUACAUGGAUUUGGUAGCUUUUCAAAUAACGCUUGAUUUUGGAUCAUGAUGUAACACACACAACUUCAAGUGUGAAAGACAUUAUGCUUAUUUUAUUUUUCUUAAUGUUCUUGCCUCACCUUGUGUUGUCUCGGCAUACUGAGCAAGGAAAUUUGGAAAUACCAAAAUGGGGCUUUUAUGA